UAGUUCGAAAGUCAUAGCGCUUCCGGGACAUCAACGUGAACUUAAUGAAUGUAUGCCGCUAAAAUUUUUAAUACAUCAAGAAGAAAAUUAGAUCUAGACUUUAGAGCUUUCAUACUAGACCUAGACCUAUUAUAGAUCUAGAUCUAGACUCUUGUCUAUAAAUGUUCAAACGAAAAGUUGAUGUUGAUAAACAUGUCGCGUCUGUACUUUCACGAAAAAGAAGCGACAAGGAUGUAAGUAGAAAUACUUUGGGACUUCAGAUUGCUAGACUCUAUACAGACAUACAUGAAUAUUCUACAGCCAAAAUGUAUUUAUCUGGCUACUUGAAUGUCCAGGAAACUGUAGCACCAGCUCACCAGCUGAUGGGUGAAAUUAAUGAAGCUCUGGGGUUCAAGGAAGCUGCUGUUAAUUCAUUUAGAAGGGCUUUGGAGAUUGAAUGCGCUGAAAAGUCACAAGAAUAUUUGUUGAAAAAAAUUUGUGAUUUAUACAGCGAAUUGGGUAUGGAUGAAGACAAAUUAAAGUAUUGCAUUGAAAAGUGUGAAGUUUUGAUGCCAAAAAGUGACAUUGUUAACAGAUUUGAGAAAAAGAUUUCAGCAGUAAAUGUGCCAGUUCAGAACAGCAACGUGGAAACUGUUAACAGUAACAAGAUUUUAAAGACUGACUGCCCACAGGAUGCUUAUAGGAGAACUGUCAAGUGUAACUUGAAUUUAGAGCAUUCUAGUUGUCUUGAUUGGUUAGAAUCUUCAUUAAAAAUUUUUGAGAUUUAUCGUACUUCAUAUCCUGACUGUAUGACAGACUUCAUGUAUAAUCAACAAUUGUUGCAUAUACUCAGAAAUCUGACUUACUACAGCAUUGGAUGUAGAGACAUUUCAUCCAUAUCUCACUUUCUCACCAGAUUUGAUCUGCAUAUUAAACACUGUGACUCAUUAAUGAUCAAGAAAGAAUCUUGGAAUGCAAUGUUAAAUGAGAUGAAAGGACAGCUGUUGUAUAAUGCUGGACUAUUGUUAUUAAAGAAAGCUAUUUUGGGUUUAUUGCCUUGGGAAGAGGCAAUCCAUAAUGUUGGAGUGUGUUUUGUGGUUUGCCAGCAUAUUGGUCCACUAGAUGAUCAAACUUGCAACUCUCUGUUGGAUUUGAAUAGAUGUAUCAAGUUCUACAAAUGGUGGCACCUUCAAAGUUAUGACAGGUUGUCUCAAGUAGGACAUGUAUUAAUGCAACUUUCACAUUCUGAAUUGUUCUUUGAGAAUCCAACCAUAAGACCCUACGUGUGUAACAUCAUGGUAAUAUGUCAGGAAGUUUUUAUGAACUUAGAUAUUGAAGAACUUAAGAACAGUUUUCUUUUAAGUCACUUGAAUGCCAUGGAUGAGAUCUCAGAUAUGUCAAAGAGGCUUUCUUGGAAAGAAUUAACAGAUAUUGAUACAGUGGCUGUUGAACUACACGUGAAGAGUUUACCAAAUUUGGUUUGGUUGUGUCUGCAGCAUUAUACAGUGGACAUGGAUGCCCAACCUACUUAUGAUUUCAUUCCCAUUGAAACAUUUAUGUUUAAAGCCAGAUACUUACCUCUAGCUUCUGAUGAAACAGUUAGUCACCUGGAUAUGUUUGUUUUCCUGCUAGCAGCUGUUCGAUGUGCAGCCAAUUUGCAGUGGUGUACACAGAAUCACCUUUCUAGGAGAGGAGAGAGUUGUCCCAUCCUGUUACCUCUGUGUCUUAUUUCCCCUGUAUGUUCUGAACAAUUAGAAAACUUCUGGUCAGCUGCUUAUGAAUGCUGUACACAUAAUCUCUUUAAUAAAACUUCCCAGUCAUGGCGUGAGGUGCAGCUAGGUGUUGAUACAGUCAGGCUAAUUGGCUUUCAUGGGAUGUCAGUAAUGAUGUGCGCACACAUUGCUCGAUCUCUUGAUGCCAAGGUGAGAAAUGUGAUUGAAAUAGGAUUACACAAUAAAUACUCUGCUUCUGACUUGGUGACUUUAGAAAAUCUAGCUGCUUUUUAUUGGAGCCGAACAGAAGAAUCAUUAAACAAUAUAAGCAGCUUUCCUAUCAGCCACUGUACAAGACUAUUUUCUGAAGCAGGUGACCAGAGUGUUCCUGUCUUUAUACUUGCCAAAAUUACAGAGGAAGUUCAGUUUGCCUUGGCUAGGCAAGCCAUGAACAGUAACCAGCUAGGUGUAGCACUUCAGGCCUUUUCCUCUGCAAGAACAUUGUGGGCUAAAUACUACAUGGCUCUGAUGUACAAACUAUUAGGACAGACUAAUGCUGAAGAAAGUAAAGGCAAUGCUACAAAACAAACGCUGCUUCUUAAAGCUAGACAUUGUCUAAGUGACAUACAAGACAAGCUUCAUAAGGAAAACUCUCUGGAUAAAUUAUAUGUUUUGUCUUGCGAUGAAUACAAGGAGCUGGACAGAGAAAUCACUUGCAUGAAUAAUGGAUGUAACCACAGCAGCUCUUCCCCAGUACAUAAACUAAAUCAAACUAAAGAUUGUGUUUAUCAGAAGACAUUGACCUCAGGUUCAUCAUUUCCUCACAAUGCCACUCCUACAAGAACUGUGUCACAAGAUGACAAUGUACCAUGGAAAAAAGAUUCUACUAUUGAAAGUCUGAUGGUGAAAAUGCUACUGGAAAGGAACUGUAAACUGAUUCUACAGAAUCAAAAGUUGGUUGUUGAAAUAUAUCAAAGUAAGCAGGAGUUGAGAGAAAAAGAUUUUUCUAUUCAAAAGUUGAAGACUGAUGUGAUGAGUCACAAUCUGCUGCACAGCUGCCAACUGUGACCUGUUGAAAUAACACUGGCGGUCAAGUUAAUACAGAUGCAUAUCUAAAAUAUUUUAUGAUUAUAAUAGAAAAAGUCUUUUUUUAUUUUCUUUAGUAAAAAGCUUUUUUUGAUACAUUAUUUAUGUAAGGGUCUUCCUGUAUUAAUUAUAUAGUAGUCCUACUAUUAAAGGUAUCUCAUUUAAUGAACAGUACGACAUUUUGUGCAUUUUUUGUGUGUUAAAUCUCAUUUCAGUUAACUGAGCAUAACUUAUAUUGUUGUUA